AUGUCGUACCAUCCAUCCCAUGCCACUGCGCAUCCCACCAGCUUUCUCAAUGCUGGCAUCCCGAUCAACUAUGCGCACACUUCUACCAGUGCUUCGUCCAAUACCAAUGCGUCCCUCUUGGGCAGCAGCAUGUCCUCCCACUCUUUCCCUAUCGCUCCAUCCCCCAGUAAUGGCACCCCACAACCGCAACAACCACAACAACAACAACAACAACAACAACAACAACAACAACAACAACAACAACACCAACAACAACAACAACAACAACAACAACAACAACAACAACAACAACAACAACAACACCAACACCAACAACAACAGCCACAAACCACAGUCGUCGCUUCUCAGCAGCAGUCGCAGCAAGCCACAUUAGUGCCGCCAGGCGUACCAGAUCAGGACGGUCUCAUUGCUCCUCCAUCCAUGCCGCUCGAGCUCGACUUUGACAACCUCGAAAGCGCCUCAAACUACAUGCACACGUACGCGCUCUCGCAAGGUUUUGACAUCCGCAUUCAGUGGUCCGCCAACAACCAGACUCGGAUCUGCUGGUCCUGUUAUCGCGGAGGUUUACCCGAAACGAUCAACGCCGAUGGUACACCCAACGCCAAACGGCGUCGAAUGCCCAAGAGCAAGGAAAGGCGUAAGCGUGGAUCGCUCAAGAUCGGAUGUCCGUUCCGAGUGCAGUGCACCAAGAACUGGAAGACGGGCAAGAUGGAGUUGAGGAUCAUAGAGGGAAGGCACAAACACCAGAUGGAGACGGAUCGCUCGAUCCUGCCCAGUCAGGUUCGGAGGCUGAGGUAUGAGUGCAAGGGUUCCGACUCGUCAGGUACGCCUCAGGCGGGGAAUGCGGCUGCCAAUGCUGUUGCUCAGGCUGCCAACCUCACCGCUACGCCAACAAGCGCGUCGGUAGCCGCAGGCAGUCGUUCACAGUCAGGCGCAGCAAGUGCGAGGUCGAGGGCGAGCGCGAGCAUCGCGGCGACAAACGGCAGUGUGGUUGCGUCGUCAUCGCAGCCGUCCAGAUCGAAAGCGCAAGCUGGCCAAUCCAAGAGCACCGUCGUCAACGCUUCGACAGGCUCAUCAGCAGCACAGCAGCACCUCGGCCUGCUCGGCACGCCUACGCCUACGCCCAUGCCUCGCAACGGUCCAGCGAUCAUCGACGAUGUCGGCUCGGAUUCCGCGUCGGCGUCGUCCGACUCUUCGGUGGUCAGGCCAUCGUUUGAACGACAGAUGCUGAAUCUACUCAACAUUUACGAUCGGUCCGAAGCGUGGUCGCGUUUGAUCAUGGAUCAAGAGAUUGGCCAUAUGCUCACACGCGCCGAGGCGCGCCUGGACAGAUGCGUGCGUCGAAAGCGCAAGUCUGCGAUCGGCACAACGACAAUCGUUGAUCAUCCCUCGGAAGAGUUGGCCGUGCUUACAGUGCCCACAUCUACAUCUGGAGGUGCAGUGAUGGCGUCUCUGGCAAAAACUGCUUGGAACGCACGCAUUACAUCGACAGCUACUCCUACCGGGUCGCCUUUGAGAACUGCCUCGGUCGCCGGCGCACCACACACCCCACUGGCCCAACUCGCAGGACGACAACAGACAGCCCCGCCAAAUUCAGGAAAGGGCUCAUCCAAGUGUAGCAAUUGCAAAGAACACGGCCAUAAUCGACGAAGGUGUCCGCUCGGUUAG